AUGGGAAUCUCUUUGUUAAACCAGAUGAAGAAGCAAGCAUGCUCUUUUCUCCAUGACAAGUACAGAACUGCUAGGCUUGCCUUAACUGAUAUUACACAAGCUGAACUGUUGGCUGGGGAAGCAACAAAUAAUGAACCAGGGAGCCCUGAUGCCAAAACAAUGAGUACAAUUGCUGAGGCAUCCUUUGACGUUGAGGACUUUUGGAGAGUUGCUGAUGUUCUUCACAACAGGCUCGAGAGCAUAAACUGGGAGCAUUGGAGGGAGCUGUACAAAUCAUUGGUACUCCUGGAGUUCUUACUAACGCAUGGUCCUGUAGAAUUUGCAGAGGAAUUCCAACGCGAUUUCGAUAUCAUUCAAGAUCUUGGGGCAUUCAAACACAUAGAUGGCAAAGGGUUCAAUUGGGGUGCUAACAUGGAAAAGAGAGCAGAGAACAUACUUGAACUUCUAAGAGGAGGAGAGCCACUGAAAGAAGCAAGAUUGAAAGCACUCAAAAUAACAAGAGAGAUUCAAGGAUUUGGAAAUUUCACUCCCUCUCCUAACUCUUCAUCUUCAUCUUCAUCAUCAACAUCCUCCGAAGCAUCAAGAGCCUCUUCAUUUGGCUCAUAUUCCUCCACAAGUUCCAUAUAUGAAUUAGCUGCAAAUGACAGCAACUACUCUCAAGGAGGCUUGGAGGAAUUUGAAGAUAAACACAAAUGGAAUUGCCAUCCGAUUCAAGAAUCGGGUCGGUUGCUGGAUCCUGAUGAAGAUGAUGAGAAUAAUGCACAAGGUAUUAUAGGUAAAAUUUGCUCCAAGCUUGUUGGGAUUUCUCCUUCAAAAGACUGUGGUGGUAUUGGUGAUAAAGUGAUUUUGAGAAGCUUUUCUGAUGUUGGAAGACCAAAGAAAAUCUAUGAUCGCCAAUUUUCUCUAAGAUGUUAA